AAAGGCAGAUAUCGACUCUUCCGCUUGAGCAUGCUUUUGCGGAACAGUCGAUAGCGCGCCGAACCUCGUGCUAGAAGGUCGAGGGUUCUAUUAUGGGUGUAUAAACUGAUUUGACUUCUGUUCUGGAUCGUCUUCAUUGCUGUAGUUCUACAAAUAUGUUUUUUCAACUCGUCUGCAUUCUAGUCUCCGUAUUCUCAGUCUCAGUGUGCGCAGCCUCAGUAGGGGAGAAGCUGGUUUCCUACACAUGUCAAGAGGGUACAAACACACUUGAAGCACCAUUUGGAGCAGUGGAUCCCCAAUGUGAUCAGAGCUGGACCACUGGCAACAAGUCCAUUGCCUACUAUGAAAAUGGCAAAGGUGAAUGCAGUUUUUCAUGCGAAGAAGUGAUCUCUGGCAGAGUCCUCCUCCGUGAAUGUCCCAAUGUCACAUUAACUAUUGGUUGCACCACCAAGGAUGGGGUAUAUGAAGAGACCAGGUUGCGCUUCUCAGCGAUAAGCAGACCAGCUGUCUCUAUGACAACCACUAACACUGCAAACAAUCAUAUCGCACAUUAUGGGAUAAGUGUCAGCAACCAAGCUUUGCCUCCGAAAACUGCCAGCACUGCCUCUACAAACGUUCAACAUGCUCAUUAUGGAUUAAUUAUAUUCUCGGUCCUGUCACCUCUGGUUAUUGUGAUCAGCGUGAUCAUCAGCCGUUACUGCAGAUCUCGUCCAAAUGAAGGUGAGGAGGCUUCAUCCAUGGUGUUGUAAUCCCCCCAAAGGACCUAGAUGACAUAUAUCCUGCCAAUGAAGAAUACUGAAUCAGGCAUUAUCUUAAAAUUUAGCCAGUAGGAUUAUUGACAGGUAAUCCUUUCGGGACUGCUGCUCUACCUCUCAAAAGGGAAAGAAAAUGAGCUUUUAGACCAUGUAGGUUUUUAGUUUCAUUGCAGACAAAUUAAAAUGAUGUAGUUCUGUGAAGCACUCAAUGUUGUGCACUUUCCUGCAUUCUCUUUUAAUUCCAAUACUCGAAUAACCCCCUAAACUUGUUUACCAGUGAUGCAGGAGACGUUGGCAGUCUUUUCACCUAAGACAGGAAGGAAAAAAGCCAUAGAUCUUUUUUGGUGAAAAUGUGUUCUUGCUGCUAACAUUUGAAACUGCUCUGCAUCACAAUGCUGGGACAUAGCUAGUGUUGUAGUAUUAAUGUAGUAACAAGUAUUUCCAAUCUAUUUAUUGCUGACAGAUGUAUAAGUGUAAAAUGAGGAAGGUAUGGUAUUUCUAGGUAUUUUAACCAACAGUACAGUAAUUGUUACACUGUACAUUGCCAUUUCUCUCUUACAUAUUUGUGAAAACUGUUAAUAUGACAGUUAGCUACAGUAGAUGGUAGCGAUGCCAAGCAGUAACAGAAAGCACUCAAUGUUCAUCAGUUCACCUUGGCCUUGGAAGUGAUGAAAUGAACCAGCAAUUGGCGACUUACUCUUCUGAAAUCCUAAUGCUAUUGAGUAAGGUACUCAACCUGUGGGACCAGUGUCUAUGGCAAGACUUGAAAAUGGCCGUCUAGCCAUGAUCAACAACCAACUUGACAGAGCUUGAAGAAUUUUAAAAAGAAUAAUGUGCAAAUAUUGUACAAUCCAGGUGUGCAAAGCUCUUAAGAGACUUACCCUGAAAUCGCUGCCAGAGGUGAAGCUAACAUAUACUUAUGUAAAUUAGAUAUAUCUGUAUUUCAUUUAUUUAUUCUAAAAACAGGUUUUAAAUUUGUCACUGUGGGGUAUUGUGUGUAGAUGGGUGAGAGAAAAAAUCAGGCUGUCACAACAAAAUGUGGAAUAAGUCGACAGGUAUGAAUACUUUAGGCACUAUCGAUUUUAGAGAUGCAGUAACAGAAAGUGCUCAAGGUUAAUCGUUCAUCUUGGGCUUGGAAGUGAUGAAAUGAGCUGGCAAUUGGAGAGUUACUGGUCUGAAAUCCUAAUGCUGUUGUGGCAUGAGAAAGGUGCUGUGGGACCAGUGUCAAAAUUAGCAAGGAUAAAAAUGUUAAAAGCAUUUUAUUAUUGGUUGAUAUCACAUUUCAUGGAGACUUACCAAACAUCUGUUAUUCUAAUUCUUCUUAUAUUAACUGACAAACUGAAUUUGAUACACACUAGUAUUAUUACAUGAGCUGCAAAUAAGCUCCAUUUCUUUUUUAGGUCUGUUGCUUUGCAUUUGUAUGCAUUUGUAUUAACAACUGCUAACCAUGUGUAUGUGACCAAUAACAUUUGAUAUGAUUUAAUUCUGUUAAGAUUAUUAUUAUUAUUAUUAUUAUUAUGCAAUAAUGUGUUGUGUGCUAUGAUCACACGGGUGUCAUGAAAAAAUGUCACUGUAUGACCCAUAUCCAUG